UGUGAAUGGAGAUUUUUUUGUCAUUUGAUAGUGUUUUGGAUGUGCGUGUUAUGUUUUGGAGUGCAUUUUGAUUGCUAGUUUUUUAUGGUUUGAUUUUGUAUGGAAAGUUCAUAUUUUGAUUUGUGUGGUUUGCUGGCCUGUCUUUUUAUUGAUUUUUUUUGGUGGAUCUGAAUCUGUUUUAUUGCAUGAUUUUGGUCAUUUUGUUUAUUGGAAAUUCAUUGUGGUUCAGAAGAAAUUUAAGCAGUGUUGAUGGUGUUCCUCUCUUCAUUCAUAAGGGGCUUGUGUUUGUUUUCAAGAAAAGGCUUCAAGUAGAGUGUUUGAUUUUGAUAUAUUUGUCUAUCAAAAAUCAUAGGGAGGAACAGAUUUGACAGGAAUAAUGAAGCUGAAGUAGGCCCACUUUGCAAUUUAGUUCUAUCUGAUCAGCCACAUUCCAAGAUAUUUUUGUUUACAACUAAAUAGAAUGGGAUCCGGAGAUUGGUUUAAAACAAUCAUCAACAGGAAGAGAAGCAAGCAUGGCAAGCCAAAACAAGUCAAGGGUUCUGCUAGUGACAAGACGAAUGGAUUAAAAUUGAAGAAACAUUCACAUAAAGGGUUCAACAGCUUGUAUAGAGCUGUUUCAAGUGUGAACCCUGAAGAUGGGAUUACAAUAGAGGAUAUUGCUGCAACUCGCAUUCAAAAUGCAUUCCGACGCUUCAAGGCUAGGAAAACUUUGCAGAGUUUGAAAGGUGCGAAAAGGUUGCAAAUUCUUUCCCAAACCCAUCCUGUGAAAAAGCAGGGUUCGACCGCUUUGAAUUACAUCCAAUCUUGGAGUAAAAUCCAGUCAGAGAUCAGGGCUCGCCGUGCUUGUAUGGUAGCAGAAGGCCGCAUCAAGCAGAAAAAACUCGACAAUCAAUUAAAACUAGAAGCUAAACUUCAUGACCUACAGGUAGAAUGGUGUGGAGGGUCUGACACAAUGGAAGAAAUUCUCGCCAGGAUACAACAACGAGAAGAGGCAGCAGUCAAGCGAGAGCGUGCAAUGGCAUAUGCAUUUUCUCAUCAAUGGAGAGCAAAUCAAGGCCAGGGACCUCUUGUCUAUGAAGUCGGAAAAGGCAGUUGGGGAUGGAGCUGGAUGGAACGAUGGAUUGCUGCUCGGCCGUGGGAGUCCAGGCUCCCUUAUCAAUCUGUCAGCCCCAAUAAAUCGCAAAAAAAAGCUGGAGGAAACAAAGUUGCGAAGAAUACGAAUUCGGCAACUCGAGUAUCAAAUUCAGUAAAACCUUCAGCUUCUAACGGAAAAGGUGCUGCUAAUAAGAAAAUAUCAGAAUCAUCAGAUGAAAAACCAGCUAACCAAGAGCCAAAUCCUAAGCCAGUUAUUCUGCGCCCAAAGGCUAAGAAUGGAACAAUGAUGCAGGAUCAGCAGCUCCAACCACAGGCAUCUGAUAAUGCUGGCUAAAUUGUCAUCAAUGAAAUUGUUUUAAGUUUUUGCUUACAGUAGGUGGUGUGAAGUGGUAUACCAAGUUCUUUCUAUUUCACUUGAAUGAAGAAUAAGAAGAGACCACUUUUGUUUGGUAUGUCACUCUAUGAUUUUGUGAUAUUUAUGGAUUGUUAUGUUUCAUUCUUGCUGUAAGUUUUUUUCUGAAUUAUCUGUGUGUUACUGUGUAAGAAACAACAACACCAUCAAUGUGUGAUCUUUUUUCAAUGUAUAGCAAUGUUUUAUCUGUUU